AUGUCAGCACAAGAAUACUACAACAGCGCCUCCAGCAGCGACAGUACUCAGUCGCAACCUCAGUACUAUGAUCAACAGCAAUAUAACACGAAUGGAAACUACCCACAGCAGGGUACCACUCCUCAGCAGCAGCUGAGCCAAGCUCCGCCUUUCCAGGGCUACGAUGCUAACAGCCGUCCACCCGCUAAUCUAAAUGGCCAGCCCCAACACGACCAUAACAGGGAUCAAAAUGUCACAUUCACGCAGCAAUUUCCUCUUGGCACGGCUCCAGGUUCCGAGGAGGCCACUGGCGAGCGAGGUCUCGGCGCUACUGUCGUUGGUGGUGGCAUCGGAGCCUUUGCGGCCAAGAAAUCUGGUGGUGGGCUGCUUGGCGCAAUUGGUGGAGCGGCGGCGGGUGCUAUCGGCGCGAAUAUGCUCGAACAUGCCUACAAUUUACUAAAGAGGCGUAUAGGCGACACGAGCGAAGAGAACAUCGACAUGGUCGCCGCCGUGAUUGAUACAACAGCACUCUGUAUUAUGUGUCUACGGGCUACAGGAGCUAUUUGGUCUAUAUUCCUUUUCUUAAACACAGUUACUGCCUUCUCAGACGGUCUGUAUGGGGAAUUGUUGGAUGAGAUGUGA